AUGACAGCACCACUACCAUCAACAGAAACGAUGCCAGCCCGCCACCUCUUACAAACGAUUCCCACUCCCUCAUCUUGGACGCUCCUCCGUACCUUGAAGAGUGAAAAUCCAAACGACAUCCAGGGCGAUCUUCACGGAACCGCAACAUUCACCCCGCUACGUACCCCUCAGACAGAAACUAACGAUACGGACACAAGCGGAGAAGGCCAUACCGACCUUCUCUACAGCGAAUCCGGCUCCCUUCCGACCUCAUUCGGCCCGGGCCUACGCUGGACGAAGAAAUACGUCUGGCGGCUUAGCGCCAACGGCCGGAUAAGCGUUUGGUUCGUUAAGCCUGACAAGAAACCCGCACCUGGUGGAGAAGAAGAAGAAGAAGAGGCCGAUUACCUAUUCCACGAAUUCGAUUUUGCGUCCACCCCGUCGUCUGACUCCAAUUCAGCGGAGUUCGUGGCCCCACCUACGCCGCCCGAAGUGCAGGGCUUGGCGAGGGGGUCUACGACCAAGGUCAUUGCGGCGCGCGGGAAUCAUUUAUGCAUUAAUGAUAUGUAUCGCACGGCGUAUGCGUUUCGCGUUGAUGAGAGCGGGGAAGUGCUUAGUUGGGCAAGUCGGCAUGUUGUUAGGGGACCGCGGAAGGGGCAGGAUAUUGUUAACUUAUACUCGAGGGCCAUAUAA